AUGGCAAAUAAAUUAAAUCCUCACCAAAGUGUUCCAAUUAAAUUGGUAAUUGUUGGCGAUGGUACUGUUGGAAAAACUUGUAUGUUAAUGUCAUUUACAAGUAAUACAUUUCCUGAAGAAUAUGUACCAACAGUUUUUGAUAAUUAUACAUCAAAUAUUGUUGUUGAUAAUGUUAAAGUUUCAUUAGGUUUAUGGGAUACAGCUGGUCAAGAAGAUUAUGAUAGACUUCGACCAUUAUCAUAUCCACAAACGGAUGUAUUUGUACUUUGUUUUAGUGUUAUAAGUCCAACAUCAUUUACAAAUAUAACAAAUAAAUGGAUGCCAGAAAUUCGACAUCAUUGUCCUGAUACACCAGUUAUUUUAUGUGGAACAAAAAUUGAUUUACGUGAAGAUCGUGAUUUUGUUAAUCAAUUACAAAAACAAAAUCUUCAGCCAAUUAAACGUGAACAAGGACAACGUUUAUGUAAAAAAAUUCGUGCUUUUAAAUAUGUUGAAUGUUCAGCAUUAACUCAAAAAGGUCUUAAACAGGUUUUUGAUGAUGCUGUUCGAAGUGUAUUAUCACCUAAAACAAAUAAAGUAUCAAAAUCAUCAUGUGUUUUUCUUUAA